AGUUGAGAAGAAUAGAAAUUUGCAUUUUAAUCGUCAUUUGGUAUUCUAUAUGUUUUCCAGUCAUAAGCAUUUAAAACGAAAAACACCUUCAGAGGGCAUAGAUCGACGUGAAUACAUUGGCCAUCUGGUUGAUGAGUAUUACACCUCUACAAACGUUGAGGCCCUGGAGCAGGUGACUGCGAACUUGGCCAACUUCGCGUAUGAUCCCAUUAAUUGGCCACAUUUGCACGAAGCUGAUGCGCUGGACGUCUUCGUGGCAUCCGUGGACACACAGAACCACAAUCUGCAACUUCACGGCGUAGCCGCAUUGUGUAAUUUUUGCUUAGACAACAACGCGUCCAAAUUCAUAAUUGAAAAUAUAACAAAAAUCGGAAGAUUAUUUCUGCGCACCGAGCACUCUGAAAUUGUACUUCAUAGCCUAGCACUCCACUACCAGCUUCUAUGCGCAGGAUUGGGCAGCAAGGAGCUGCUUAUAAACCCGGAGUUACUCAAGCGUGUGCAACAUUGGCGACGCGAAUCUAACGACGAUCGCAUUCUAUGCAGCGAAGCUAAAGCGAAACUGCAGCAGGUCCAAGUGAUAAAACGUUUCACACAGCUGGAUCUGGAGACAUUUGCACAGUUCACUGGUGACUACAACUAUAUACACACCAAGGACAUACCGGUUGAGGAACGUCGAGUCCACGGCGCCUUGCUAAAUGCCGUUGUUGCCGGCAUUAUUGGCACUAAACUACCCGGAUCGGGCACAGUAGUGCUGGAGCAAAAUUUCAAAUUUCUGAAACCCUGUCGCAUUGAAACGGACACCGUGGUAACUGUGCGACUCCUAAGCACGCGGAAGAUUGCCACAGUUGAGUACGAGUGUCGACAACACGAUGAUGUGGUGUUUGCUGGCAAUGCUAAAUUGUUGACGCGUAGUUAUUCAUAAUAAAUAUACAUACAUAUCUAUCAUAUA